CAGGUCCGACAAUUUUUCUAGUGAGGGUUUUCUGCCAGCCUAUUCUUUCUGCGGCUUUGCUGUCAACAUGCCAGUCCCCAUUCCCACUUCCAAUUCGCAACAUGCCCAUCACACUCCAAUGUCGUGGUCUUCUUCCCAUUCUAUAUCGUCCUCAGAGUCAAGCUCAUCCUCCUAUCCCGAGAUAAUACGAGAAUUGGCUUCCAAAGGUCCCCAACCUUAUGGCACUAUCCCUCCUCGUCGACGGAAAAGGCGGCGAAAAAGUGUUCCAUUUGAAGACACAGCCAUCACCCUAGACCCACCUAUAGAUCCACAACUUCCUCCAGCAAGGAUUCAAAGACGUAUGUCCCAUGUUGAGGAUUGGGUCAAAGUAGACUCAAAGGAAACUUUGCCUGACGAUGACGAAUUGACUUCGGUAUCAUUGUCGCUCUUGGCACAGCUAUUCUCUUCGUCAGCUUUCCAAGGGGCGCAUGUCCUUCCUUUGCACGUGCCUCCUCCCAAUCUGUCCAAUCCUUCAGAAUUGCUUCAGGAACCAAGUCUGCUGGACACAUUAUACGAGGAAGAUUUGACAAAGGCAGAGGCAAGAAGCUAUAGUCGCUUGGCAAUCACUUCAGGAAACUAUUUUUGGGAUGCAUCCACCACUUUCACUUCAAACCCAGGGAGUCUACUGAACGGCAACCAUGAAACUGCCGACCUGGCUUAUGAAGACGAUAUUGAAGUUGAUACCAUGUCCAUAUGUAUGGAGGAUGCAACCUCGGUCCUUCCAUGGGCAGGAGCACAGACAAAGGCACACCCUGUUUUGUCUUUAGCCACAGCCACGGCAAAACGACAGAUGAACCACUCUCAGCUUCAAGGCGGCUGGCUUCAUCGUUUGCGGUCCUCAUUCGGCCCAAGCCUUACUUAUGAUACCCCUAGGAGAACCCCUCCAGUACGGCCAAAUACUCGGCCUCUACCUCCCAAACGGCCAUCUCGACGAUCGGUUGCUAACUCAGAGCCUCGUAUUGACCUUCACUCUAAUACCAUACGGCGCGAUAUCCGCGCCAAUCCUGAUCAUUUACGUAUGAUCGUAGCCGAACUGAACAUGAUGAGAGCAAGGAAAGUGAUGUGUCCGUUGAAGCCUCGAGGCUUUCUACCGCGUCGCAAGGAUAUAUUUGUGCGUGGCCACGGCCAUAGUAACCUGAAAUAUACCGGACACACUAUUCAAGCGUAACUCUUUCAAUGUUUUUAUGGGUGCCAAAUUAGAAAUUUUUUCUUCCGGCGUUGGUAAAAAAAACUAGAUUGUGUGUAAAAAAUAAAGAUUGUAAUAAAUAGGAUGAUGUCGUAUGUUCCUGCUUUCCAUCGCCUCCACAAUCG